UUCUGAUUUUCGGAUUAGGUUUCACUCUCUCUCUCUCUCUCUCUCUCCACUGCGUUGUGGUUGCGGCUAGGGUUUCACGAUACGCUUCUCUUCUCUUCUCUCUUUCUCUUUCCAGUUUAUCUAUCUUCAAUUGAUGAGGCUUCAAUGGAGAGCGUCGGCAGAUCUGAAUCGGCGGUGGCUGUGAGCAACUUGAGCUAGGGUGGGUCUGCCUCAGUUUUGUUCUCUGAGAAAGGUAGGGUUUCUUGGUGCCGGGUUCCAAGAUGGCGACUGCGAACCCUUUCGAUUUGCUGGGGGAUUUCGACAACGACGAUCCCUCGCAGCUGAUCGCUGCUCAGCAGCCGAAAAUGGAGCAGAAGAAGGCACUAGCUCCGACCCAGUCCCCGGCUCAGCAGCCGGCGGCGAGGUUGCCUUCUAAGCCGCUUCCUCCCUCUCAGGCCGUGAGGGAGGCAAAGACUGAAGCAGGACGUGGAGGAGGCCGUGGUGGUGGACGUGGCUAUGGGCGCGGACGUGGUCGUGGCAGUGGUUUUAAUAGAGACUCGGCCAACAAUGAGAAUUCAUUCGGCAAUAGUGGAUUUCCUGGUGGACAAGGUGCCACUGAAGAGACUGAUAUUGGGAAGCCCUAUGAAAGGCGUGGCGGCUAUGGUGGACCACGUGGUUCUUUCCGUGGUGGUCGUCGUGGUGGCUUUAGCGAUGGAGAAGCAGCAGAAGGGGAACGACCUCGGAGGCCUUUUGAACGUCGCAGUGGAACUGGAUGGGGAAAUGAGAUUAAACGGGAAGGAUCUGGUCGAGGAAACUGGGGAACUCCUGCUGAUGAACUUGCUCAAGUGACUGAGGAAGUUAUCAAUGAAGUCGAGAAAAAUCAGGAUGCUGAGAAGCCCUCAGGAGACGACGCAAUGGAUAGCAGCAAGGAGAAUCCUGUAAAUGAGGCGGAAGAGAAGGAACCUGAGGAUAAGGAGAUGACACUAGAAGAGUAUGAGAAGGUGCUGGAAGAGAAGAGGAAGGCAUUGCUGGCACUUAGAACUGAGGAGAGGAAGGUGGAUUUUGACAAAGAGUUUGCUUCCAUGCAACAACUCUCAAACAAGAAAGUCAAUGAUGAUAUCUUCAUUAAAUUGGGUUCUGAUAAGGAUAAGCGGAAAGAGUAUGCUGAGAAGGAAGAGAAAACCAAAAAGUCUGUCAGCAUCAAUGAAUUCUUAAAGCCUGCUGAAGGAGAAAGGUACUAUACGGGGCGUGGUCGGGGCCGUGGGCGUGGUCCCCGGGGAGGUUACACAGGAGGGGGCCCAAUGAACAAUAUCUCAGCCCCAAAAAUUGAAGACCCUGGGCAGUUCCCAACCUUAGGUGCCAAGUGAGGUUCUCUAUUGCCUAGCCAUCCAUAUCUCAGGCUCUUGUAUGGUUUCUUUCGUCUUACUUCUAGUCUUGAGUGGCAGGAAAUUAACUUGAAUAAUUGAGUUUCCUGUAUCAAAAAAGGGCCUUACGUUUGAUGCCAAAAAUGUAAAUUUAAGUGGAGCUUCAUGUGUUA